AUGAAGUCAGACACAACAUCACUGCAAGUGGACUCGGACGCAGUGUUCGCGUCCGUCUUGGACGGCCACGGGGGAUGGGAGGUGGCCGAGUACGUGAACCAGCACUUGAUCGACAAAGCCGCCACGCUGCUUGGAAAUGCAUCUUCCAACGACUUCACCCACAUCAAGUCAUCAUUGUCGAGUGCGUUCGUGGCCACCGACGACGCGCUGCGCGCCCUCCUGCUUGCAGUCUUUCAGUCGGGACACGGGAAAGCGAACCACGUGGGUGCGUGCACGAUGCUGGCGUAUGCAAAAGGAAGCACGCUGGUCGUGGCCAACGCCGGCGACGUAAGGGCGGUGCUAGCGUCGAACGAUGCCUCGAGGGGGCUGGUGGCAAAACCCCUGAGCACUGACCACAACGCCAAGCACGAGUCCGAACAAGCUCGGUUGACCGCAGCUCAUCCAAAUGAGCCCGACGUGUUCAAGUGCAAAUUGCACCGCAACUCGACUCGGGUGAAGUCGUGCCGCGUCAGAGGCAUCUUGCAGCCCACGCGCGCGUUGGGGGACUUUGCCUUCAAGUAUGAAGAAUUCAACACGUUACAUGCCAGUUUUCAAAAUGGAGGCGACGGUUUCGUCAUCCCGCAGCCAUAUACACCACCGUACAUACUGGCAGAUCCGGAAACCCAAGUGCAUACGCUGACGGAUGCCGACCAAUUUCUCAUUUUGGGAAGCGAUGGACUAUGGGGUAGCUUGUCCAACGAAGAAGCGGUUGAAAUUGUCGCCAAUUAUGCAUCUCGUGGCGUGCACUUCCGAGCCGCCCAAGCAUUGGUCAACCGUGUGAUCGCCAAGAAAGUCGAAAAAAAAAACCACACCGCAUCCCCCAUCGAGAUUCUUUGGUCCACUAUAAAGUGCCAGAGCAAGACGUUGCUGCGCGAGCGCCUUGCUGCGUUUAUGGGACCUCGUCCUGACGGACAAACUCGUGACGAGUUUCGUAUGGCUUACCUUGAGCACAUCGCCGACGAAGUCAUUGCAGGUAUGGAUCGCCGAUGA